ACUGUGACCACUACCACCACCUCUUCUGGCCUAGGCUCACCCACCAUAGUGGGCUCUCCUCGGGCACUAACAUCCAAGCUGGGCCUCCUGCGCCUUCUGCAACUGGUAUCCACCUGCGUGGCCUUCUCUUUAGUGGUCCAUGUGGGUGCCUGGGAUGGGGCUAUGGGCCACUGGGCCAUAUUUGCCUGGUGUUUUUGCUUUGCCAUGACACUGGUCAUUCUGAUGGUGGAGGUGGGUGGCUUCCAACCCCUAUUCCCACUCUCCUGGCAAAAUUUCCCAAUCGCCUACGCCUGUUAUGCCACCCUUCUCUGCCUCUCAGCCUCCAUCAUCUACUCUACCACCUAUGUCCAGUUCAUGCCCCAGGACCAAAGACGAGACCAUGCCAUCGCAGCCACCUUCUUCUCCUAUGUGGCCUGCCUCACCUAUGCCACUGAGGUGGACUGGACCAGAGCCCGGCCCGGGGAGGUCACAGGCUAUAUGGCCACUGUCCCUGUCCUCCUUAAGGUCUUUGAGACUUUUGUAGCCUGUAUCAUCUUUGACUUUGCCAGUGACCCACCCAUCUACCAGCAUCACUCUGCCCUGGAAUGGUGUCUGGCGGUCUACUGUAUCUGUUUCAUCCUGUCUGCCAUGGCCAUCCUCCUGAGCCUGGGUGACUGCACAGGCCAGUUGCCCAUCUUGUUCCCUAGUUUCCUCACAGGCCUGGCCAUGUUGGCGGUGGCUCUCUACUCCUCAGCCCUGGUGCUUUGGCCCCUCUAUCAGUUUGAUGAGAGGAAGGGUGGCUGGCCGCGGAGGCGGGAUGAUUUGGGCUGCCCCAGUCGCCAUGCUUCGACUUUGUGUGACUGGGAUCAAUGGCUGACCGUGGCCAUCCUCACAGCAGUCAACUUCCUGGCCUAUGUGGCUGACCUGGUGCACUUGGCCCGGCUGGUCUUCAUCAGGGUGUGA